AUUCUCAGUAUUUUCUGUUUUACCAUAUACCAGAAUCAGACAUAUUAUUGGGACCUUUAUGGAUAGCGUUUUCACUCAGCAAGAGGAAAGAGAAGAGAAUCAACAACAGCAAGAACAGCCGGAGCAACUUCUACAAGAAGAAGACCACCAGCAGAAGCUUUGUGCACCAUUUCUGAAGCCUGGAAGCUUUGACAACUCCAACCCUUUUUCUAAUUUCCGUUUCUGGGUCUCCAAGUCUUUUAAGAACUUGAACUGCAAAGGGGCAUUCUCAAGUGGGUUUGGGUUGAAAAGGCUUGAGUGUAAUGUUUCGGUUGUGAACAACCCUGUUAAUUGUUCUUCACCUGGGAAAGCUACAAUGGAGCAUGUGAAUGUGAUAGAGGAGAAUGAAGCCCAUGAAGAGGUUAAGCAUCAAGUGUUCAGUGAAAAUGAGAGAAGAAUAGAGACGUUUGCGAAAUUGAUUGAAGAGAAAGGUCGGGAGAGCACUUCAAGUUCUUAUUUUUCGACAUAUGAGACAACAGGACAUGAGCAACAUAAUCACUCUAACUCAGAAGAGUCAUCUUCUCCAACUACAUUAGAUUGGCCUGUACAAAAAGCCGAGACACCGGAUUGCAAUAGUGUUGAUGGUAUUGAGAAAGAGAAGAAACUAGUUAUGGAAGAAAGAGAAAAGGAGAAACAAGGCUCUAAUCUUUCGGAGAUUGACAUGAUGAAGGAAAGGUUUGCAAAAUUGCUGCUUGGAGAAGAUAUGUCAGGUUCUGGAAAUGGGGUUUGCACUGCAUUGGCUAUUUCAAAUGCAAUUACUAAUCUUUGUGCGACCAUAUUUGGGCAACUUUGGAGGUUGGAGCCUUUGCCUCUUGAGAAGAAAACCAUGUGGCAAAGAGAGAUGGAAUGGCUUCUUAGUGUUAGUGAUCAUAUUGUUGAGUUGAUGCCUUCUUGGCAGACAUUUCCCGAUGGUAGCAAGCUUGAGGUUAUGACUAGCAGACCACGAUCGGAUCUUUAUGUUUAUCUUCCAGCUCUUCGCAAGCUAGAUAAUAUGCUUCUUGAAAUAUUUGAUAGUUUUGAAAAUACAGAGUUCUGGUAUGUUGACCCGGGAAUAUUACCCCUGGAGGCUGAUGGGUCAGCCUCUUUCCAUAGAUCUCUUCAGCGUCAAGAGGAAAAGUGGUGGCUACCUGUGCCUCGAGUCCCUCCUGGUGGUCUCCAUGAAAUUACUAGAAAGCAGUUGCAGCACAAGCGUGAUUGCACAAACCAAAUUUUGAAGGCUGCCAUGGCUAUCAACAGCAUUACUCUUGCUGACAUGGAAGUCCCUGAAUCGUACUUGGAAUCUCUUCCAAAGAAUGGAAGAGCCUGUUUAGGAGAUAUUAUUUAUCGGUACAUUUCAUCAGAUCAGUUUUCUCCUGAAUGUCUGCUUGAGUGCCUUGAUUUGUCCUCUGAACAUCAAGCCAUAGAAAUCGCCAAUCAAUUAGAGGCCUCAAUCUAUGUGUGGCGCAAAAGAACCUACUCCAAACCUGUCAAUAACACAACCCGAAACACCUCUAAGUCAUCAUGGGAAUUGGUCAAGGAAUUGGUUGUUGAUACUGACAAGAGGGAAUUGCUUGCAGAUAGAGCUGAAAGUCAUCUGCUAUACUUGAAGCAGUGCUUUCCUGGUCUUCCCCAGACAACUUUAGAUAUGAGCAAAAUUCAGUACAGCAAGGAUGUUGGAAAGUCCAUUUUGGAGAGUUACUCAAGAGUUUUGGAGAGCUUAGCAUUUAAUAUUGUGGCACGCAUUGAUGAUUUGCUUUAUGUGGAUGAUGUAACCAAGCAUUCGGAUCCACACUCUAGGGUGGCCAAAGUUGGUGUAAUUGCACAGAAGAGCAUUUCUAUUCCAUACUCGGUGCCUUUGGCCACUACUCCAUAUAGAACAGCUGACGCAACACCGUGCUUUUCACCAGCACCACUUCUUAGCCUGGCAACGGGAGAAGGAUCUCCAUUUUGCACUAGCAGCAAGGUUCCCCGGCAUGGCACGGGUGUGAAAAAGGUAUUGACAGAUUACCCCACAAUUGAGACCACAGGAACGGAAAGUGACAACUCGAUGGAUGAAGCCAACUCUAUUUUAAAUAGUAUUCAAGAAGGAACACCACCUCGGCUGGGAUUAUAAUCAUUGGAGUGUAUAAAAAGAGCUAUAAGCUUACCAACACAGGACACAAUUGUGGAGGAACAGUCCCUCAAGUUUGCCUUCUAAGGCAAUGUGUUUUGAUGCUAUGCGUUGGAUUAGGUAAUGUACGUAUGUAUCUCAUAGGAAUAGGUAAUUCAGAUAUAUAUUUGAGUUGGGAAGGUAGUUCAUACUGCUUAAACCUUGUUGUAAGGAUAUGCCAACGAUAUGUAAGGGCCUAAUAGGUAAGGAAUCCAUAUGGUAUCAAGAGGCAACAGGCUCACGAAGGAGAAAGGUAAGGACUGAAAAAGAAUCCAUAUGGUAUCAAGGGGCAACAGGCUCACGAAGGAGAAAGGUCAAGAGUGAAAAGGUUGAGGCAUUCCAAGAAUUGAAUUCGGGACCUCUCGCACCCUAAGCGAGAAUCAUACCACUAGACCAAAUGCCCAAUGCAGAGUUAAAAAGGAAUCCAUCUGGUAUCAAGGGGCAACAGGCUCACGAAGGAGAAAGGUCAAGAGUGAGAAGGUUGGGGCAUUCCGAGAAUUGAACUCGGGACCUCUCGCACCCUAAGCGAGAAUCAUACCACUAGACCAAAUGCCCACUGUAGUUCUGCGAUUGAACUUCUUAAAUAAAAGUUUAAAUUUAAAGAUGGAAGGGCUCGCACCCCAGCAACCGGCGGGAAUACUUACCA